AUGUCGUUACCCAUCAAAACUCAUCAUAUUACCCCCCGAAACUCCAUCUUCGAGAACGAUGCCCAAAAGCGCGGUUUCAUCGUCGUCAUCAUCCUCUCCGUCCUCGCUACUGUCGGCAUGUUCUGUCUCAUCAUCAGUCUGGUCAUAUGCAAGAACAAACGCGAUCGAAAGAACAAAGCAGCAAUCGUGAAUGCCGAGAUGCGUAUGCCUGGGUCUAAGAGCAGGUAUCGAAAGCUGGAAGACGAGGAAGAAGCAGAAGGUGGAGUUUGGAGCGUAGAGAUGGAUGAUAGACGGCCGACUGCGUACAAAGAUGGACAGCAGUACGGACAGAUCCCGUACUGGCUAGGCGUUACUACCAGAAAGCUCUACCUUCAUAUCAUCAGACUCUCUCAACUCAUGUUUCCAUAUCAAAAAGAGAAAGAGAGCACCCGGCUCUUGAGGGAAGCAUUCGAGGAGAGGAUGCGAACCGAACACCCCUUCACCACGGAGCAACUGCAACAAUUCGAUGACUUGAAGGCGCUGCUAGCAAGAGUACCCAAACUGAGCAAAGCCGACAAGGCAAAGGCCAAGGAAGCGGCCAAAGGAGAAAUAUGCACAGCGAAGCUCGACAAGCAAAGAGAGAUGUCGGAAGAAAGGCGACUUCGCUCUUUACAAAAGCGCCACAAAUCACCCAAGGACAUUCAAAAUCCAGAAUCUUUUGCUGUAGAGACUAAAGCUUCGCUCACACCAAAUUCGCUCUUCCCACUGCCAUCAUCGUCGCUGUUAUGGCCUCGACCUGCACUCCAAGACCCAGUCUCAUCCGCAACAUCAGAAGUCACCUCCAUCACACUCCCCCACCAUGUUUGGGUCAUCACCCAAACGUCCUUCGGAUCCGGCGGCACUAAGAAAACCUUCGCUCUGUGUACCACACUCCUCGCCACUGAGGCAGUCAUGGCCCACCUCACUGCUGAACUUGCGAAUCGCAUUGUUUUAUACAUACCAGGAGGCGCGAAGGCCGCGCAAAGGACACGUUUCGAUUUUAAGACGUACAUUCGUACAGACCAUGACUUCGGCUUUCAGGCGUGCCUUGGAGGGGGGAAGAAAGUUGCUAUUGAUGUUAAUGCUAGUUGGAAGGAAGGGGUGCCAUGGCAGGGGAAGGUGGGCGAUGGGAAAAUUUUCGGGGAGGGGUUUGGGGAGGUUACUAUUGAGAAAGUCGGGGCGUUUACGGCGGGGUGAGGGUGAUGAUAGUCUAACAGGUGUUUGUGAAAAGCUGUCAUAGAAAAUAUGUAAACAGUAGGGGAUACUUACGAUAAUAAGC